UCCUGUUCGGAACCUUUGGUAAAUGGUGGAAGUCCCCGUAGCUCUGUUUCAUUUUAUUGUUAUAAUUCUGAAGAUAAAAUAAAAAAAAAAGUUUAUUGUUUUAAUACAAGAUUUGGUUAUUUAACCAAAGAAUUUCUUUCUAGGUUCCCUUGAUAAUUCGCCUUUUCCUUAAGGAAAUAACUAAAGUGUUCCAUCUCGAGUUCAACAAUUAAUUAAAUGAAUUGAAAUUGAUUCGAAGAGCAGAAAAAUGGCAGAAGAUUUUGAUGUAGAGGCCAUGCUUGAAGCACCUUAUAAAAAAGAGGUGAGAAAUACAUUAUCUUUUCUUUCCUGGAUUUUUGUUACUUUUUAAUUAAGUAGUAAAGCUUUCAAGGCAUUUUCAACAUCUUAAAAAUAAUCUUCUUGCUCUGUCUUGUAGAAUGAACUGAUUGCUCCCUGUUCCUAUGGAUUACUUAGCCAAGGAAGAUAUUGAAAAAUACAAUGGGGCUCAUAAUGAUAAAGAAAAUCGAAGAACUGGUAGCAGUAGUAGUUCUAAGAAGAAAAAAAGGAGCCGCAGUAGGAGCAGAGGUAGAGACGGAAAGCGUAGUCGCAGUCGUGAGCGUAGAAGCCGUAGCAGGGAUAAGCGAAGUCGAAGUAGGGAUCGUAGAAGAAGCCGUAGUCGUGGAAGAGGCAGUAGGAGUCGUGAUAGAAGGCGUCGAAGUUAUAGUCGUGACCGCAAAGAACGUCGACGUACCAGGAGUCGUAGUAGAGAAAGGAGAAUUCGUAUCCGCAGUCGUGACCGAAGAUCUAGAUCUAGGUCUCCACGAAGAGAUCGAAUAAGGCAUAGGACUAGAUCUCGAAGUCCUAGGAAACGUACUCCUCCAAGAAGUCCACUAGGCGCGCAUACCCAGUUUUUUGACAGUUUGCGAAACAAAUUGCCUGAUGAUGAUAUAAGUCCAGAAGACAGGGAUCUUCGUACAAUAUUUUGUAUGCGACUUUCCCAGAAGGUCCGUGCUCGGGAUCUGGAAGAGUUCUUCUCAUCUGUUGGCCCAGUUCGUGAUGUGAAAAUUAUCAUGGAUAACAAGACAAGGCGGUCUAAAGGCAUUGCAUAUGUAGAAUUCCAAAGUGUUGAUUCAAUUCCCUUGGCUCUUGCUCUGAAUGAUACAGAACUUAUGGGCUGCAAAAUCCAUGUUCAGCUGUCCCAAGCUGAGAAGAACAGGGUUGCAGCAAGUACAAGUUCAAUGGUAAAAGGAACUCCUGGGCCAAUGCGGUUAUAUGUUGGAUCUCUCCAUUUUAACAUCACAGAAGAUAUGUUGCGAGGAAUCUUUGAACCUUUUGGAAGAAUAGAGCGAAUUGAACUAAUAAAAGACACAGAAACUGGUAGAUCCAAGGGUUAUGGCUUCAUUAGUUUUUAUGACUCGGAAGAUGCGAAAAAGGCUUUGGAGCAGUUGAAUGGAUUUGAAUUAGCUGGCAGACCCAUGAAAGUUGGUCAUGUAACAGAGAGAACAGAUGUAGCUCAGGGCUCUUUCCUGGAUAGUGAUGAAUUAGAUAGGACUGGUAUUGACUUGGGUGCUACAGGUCGCUUGCAAUUAAUGGCAAAGUUGGCUGAAGGUACAGAUUUGAAUAUUCCUGCUGCAGCAGUAUCUGCUUUGCAGAUGUCUCAAGGACUGGUAACUCCUCAACAAACAAUAACACCGCCUAUUGCAACUCAGUGUUUCUUGUUGUCUAAUAUGUUUGAUCCUGCAACGGAAACCAAUCCUAAUUGGGAUGAAGAAAUUCGCAAUGAUGUAAUUGAAGAAUGUAAAAAGCAUGGUGGCGCUAUGCAUGUGUUUGUAGACAAGCUGUCACCUCUUGGUAAUGUGUAUGUGAAGUGUCCAACAAUAGCUGCUGCUGUUGCAUCUGUUACUGCUCUGCAUGGAAGAUGGUUUGCUGGGCGAAUGAUCACAGCUGCUUAUGUACCUGUUGUAAAUUACCACAGUCUGUUUCCAGACUCCAUAGUUGCUCCUAUUUUGGGAUGAGCCUGAUAUCUGCAGAAACUAUUUUUGUAUGAUUUUUCACCUGAUAUUACCUUUUAAUAUACUGUUACAUUUGAAAAGAACAGUAUGCAUAAAAUCAAACUCAUUGUCUUGAAGAGGAAGGAGCUGUCAUUUGUAUAGAUAUUCAAAAUGUCAUUUGUAUAUAAACUUUUUUGUGGUAAGGAUGACUGUUGUCAGCAUUUAUCUGGAACAUCUCCUUCAUUUCUGUGCCUCACUUUGUAGACCUCGAUUUCAAAGUCUUAUAUAAGUCAUGAAUUUUUGUUGAGCACUAUUUAUAUGACUGUAUGGUAUUAGAACUGAUUAUUAAAUUUCUUUUUACUAAA